GGGUCAGCCCGUUACGAAAGAGGAACAAAUACAGAAACUGAAGUUGCUUUUUUUCCGAUCGUAAAAUUCAACUGGAGUAUCCGCCGGCGGCUACUGACCAGAAGAAGAGCAGCUAAGAAGGAAGAAGGAAAAUGAACACAGAUAUCACAGCAUCAACAAAGCCCGAAUACCCAGUUGUAGAUCGAAACCCACCUUUUACUAAAACCGUCGGAAAUUUCAACACACUCGAUUACCUCCGGCUCACCACCAUCACCGGGAUUUCCGUCACCGUCGGAUACCUCUCCGGAAUAAAGCCAGGGAUUAGAGGGCCAUCAAUGGUUACCGGAGGUUUGAUUGGGCUAAUGGGUGGUUUCAUGUAUGCUUACCAGAAUUCUGCUGGCAGGCUCAUGGGUUUUUUCCCAAAUGAAGGAGAGGUAGCCAAAGCCAAGUACAAGAUUUAACUGCUUCCCUUUAAUUUUCUUGGUUAUUUUGGAUUCCCUUUUGUAGUUUCCCGGAGAUGUUAUGGAAACAGUGGGCAUUUCUCUUUCUUUUUGGGAACUUUGUUGAAAGUAAUAUCUUUAAUAAUCAGUCUGGGAGUUGACUAUGCAUUAUUUAGUGUGAUGAUGUUGUGAAAUGAACGUAAAUGAGAGAAUUGAGAUUCAUAUUGCCGACCCCAACUUGUUUGGGACUCGGGCAUAUUUGUUGUUAUUUUUGAAUCAAGUGGAUCAUAUUCUUCA